AUGCGUUCACAAAGCGAUUCGGGUGGCCUAAACUGGCUUGGUCUAGCAAGCACUCGUACAGUGUUUAUAAAUCAGAUAAAGAGACCAGAAGAAGUGAAGUUUAUAACCAAUAUAGGAUUGCUUACAGAAUCUAUGCGCGACUCUGAUGCGUUAAGUGGGGAAGACAUUAACUCAGACGUUAGCUCUAUUGACUAUGAGAACGAAGAAGAGGAAACAUUAUCAAUAAGGGAAAGCGAUGAGGAAAUUACUAUUAGUAGAACUACUGUAAGUCGUAAAAGUGUUCGAUUUGCUGAUACUUGUGGUAAACCACUGACGACAAUUCGAGUCAUGAAAGAGCCAUCGGACUACCCGCCGAAGUUAGAUCCAGAAAUUUUACGGAAGGCACUUGGUGAAUAUUAUACGGGUUCAGAGGAAGAAUCAAAAUCAUCUUCCACAUGGAUCAUGAAUUUUAAGCAACCUGCUAGCGAUUAUAUCAAGUUCCAUGAAACUCUUGAACAGGGGAAUGUUGCGUUAGAAAAUGUAAUGUUAAAGAAUGAAGUGAGCCGUAUGCUUGGAACCAUCAAGGUCAAAAAUAUAGCUUAUGAGAAAAGAGUAUUCAUACGUAUGACCUCUGAUAAGUGGGAAACAUACACAGAUCAUGAAGCUACAUAUCAACCAUCUUCUUCGAAAACAACGGAUACAUUCAGUUUUGAUUUUGAGAUAGCUACAAGUGGCGAUGAUCCGAAUGCAGUCAUCGAAUUUUGCAUAUGUUAUCAAGCUGGUACGCCUGAAAGCGGAGCACCAAUGCAAGAAUUCUGGGAUUCUAAUGGCGGACAAAAUUAUUCGUUAAUUAACCAUGAGGAACCUGUAACUGGGACAGCGCCUCGUCGAAGUUAUCCACUGUUUGGUAAACCAGAUAAAACGGAUAUUUAUAUGUUUGGUAACUACGAAAAUUGGUCGAAGUUUGCCAGUUGGAAAACGAUUACAGAUGAUUCACCGUACUGGUAA